UCUCUCUCUCUCUCACACACACACACACACGUCGGAGAGAGAGGGAGAGUUGCAGAGCCGCAGAUACAAACAGUGAAGACUUGGCAGACAGACAGAGCAGUGUGCAGAGAAGUUUGGUUUUAAGGCUUUUCUCUGGAAAGUACAGCUCGUCCGUGCAGUUUGCUCAUUCACACUAGGCUCAUCUUCAGUAGGAGGGUGGGGGGGGGGAGAAACAAACUUUUAUUCCGUGUUUGCUUCAGGUGCGUUGAGGCGGCGUGGACCCGUUGGUUCAUUUUGGCUUAAGACGCUCAAACUUUUGGAUAAAUUCAUCCAAACUUUGCAGAUCAUCUCGAAGAAGGCAAUGCAGAGAGGGGGAGGUGUGGAGAGAGUGGUCUGAUCCGGCACAGUGAGGGCAUGUUCUGACCCUGUGUACAAACCCCAAUGACCACCUCUCUCUCUCUCAAACACACGUGAAACAGCGGUGCAGCGUCCAUGUCCAGGCUAAAGCCAGCAUGACUCUGUCCGGCGGUUUGUCGGAUACUUGUCAGCUCAUUUUACGUGACCGCAUGGAGCCGGGGCUGUGGAAAUAAGGCUUCAUCCAUGCUUUCUGGGGAAUAGUUAUUGCGACACGUUGUGAAGCAAACGCAGGCUACCGUGCACACUUUGGAGAGAGCUACGAUGCGGGGCACUUUGGGCGCAUUCAUUCAGUCCUGUCUGUUGCUGCUGGUCCGAGCAGACCAGUGGAGGAUGAAAGACUCCGCCAACUGCGAGUUAAACAGGAAACAAACUGACCUAAACUCCUUCCUGUGGACGAUCAAACGGGAUCCUCCCUCAUAUUUCUAUGGCACAAUCCAUGUUCCCUACACACGUGUUUGGGACUUCAUCCCUGAAAACUCCAAGCAGGCCUUCCAGGAGAGCAACAUUGUCUACUUUGAGCUGGACCUGACGGACCCUUACACCAUCUCUGCCCUGACCAGCUGUCAGCUGCUUCCUCAGGGUGAAAACCUGCAAGACGUCUUACCCAGAGACAUCUAUCGGAGACUCAAAAGACACUUAGAGUAUGUAAAACUCAUGAUGCCUUCGUGGAUGACGCCGGAUCAGAGAGGUAAGGGACUCUAUGCCGACUACCUCUUCAACGCCAUCGCUGGGAACUGGGAGAGGAAGCGGCCAGUUUGGGUGAUGCUGAUGGUAAACUCAUUAACUGAGGCAGAUAUUAAGACACGAGGGGUGCCAGUGCUGGACCUGUACCUGGCCCAAGAGGCGGAGAGGAUGAGGAAGAGGACGGGGGCUGUCGAGAAGGUGGAGGAACAGUGCCAUCCACUCAACGGGCUCAACUUCUCCCAGGUAAUAUUUGCCCUGAACCAGACGUUACUACAGCAGGAGUCUUUGAGGGCAGGAAGCCUUCAGGUUCCCUACACCACUGAAGACCUCAUCAGGCACUACAACUGUGGAGAUCUCAACUCCAUCAUCUUUAAUCACGACACCUCACAGGUUCCUAACUUCAAUAAUGUGACACUGCCACCCAGCGAGCAGGUGACCGCCCAGGAAAUAGACAGCUACUUCCGACAGGAGCUCAUCUACAAAAGGAAUGAGAGGAUGGGCAAGAGGGUCAAGGCCCUGCUAGAGGAGUACCCUGAUAAGAGCUUCUUCUUCGCCUUUGGAGCAGGUCACUUUCUCGGCAACAAUACAGUCAUUGAUGUGCUUCGUCGCCAGGGAUACGAAGUGGAGCACACCCCUGCUGGGCAACCCAUAAACAGUGGAAAUCGAUCAUCUAGACCAGAGUCUGAGGACCACUACGAUGAAUCCCCUCUCCUGGAGCCUUUCCUCCAUGAGCUCCCCCACAAAGAUGAGGAUCAGGGCCAUCCCCUGGAGGAUGAUCUGUUACCCCACAUGCUCCUGCCACCAGAUAGCCUGGAGCUGCUGGAAAAAGCCGAGAGGAAGAUGCUGAAGAAAAAGAGGAGGAACAAGCAGAAGAAGCAGCGGCACCGGCAUUUCAACGACCUUUGGGUUCGCAUAGAGGAGAGUACUAUGGUCCAGUCCCCGCCUCCCCCCCUGGUCCGCAUCAUCAAUGGUUACAUCACAGUGCAGCCGCCUGACAGAGUCCACAGCCAUUACAACUACCACCACAUACCUUCAGCCUCACCUGCCUCCGCUUUCACAUCGUCUUUACUUGUCUUCUUCCUCUGCACAUUGCUUACAGUGAUCCCACAGAUGUGGACUGCAUUCCCUUAGUUUACAGUCAGCCUUCUUGAGUAUAGACUUAUUGGGUUUCAUGUAUCAGCUCAUGUAACACUAGGUCUGAUCAUGUAUCAUAAGACCUAGAAGAGGCUGCGAAGAGUCCAGAGACUGUUCACAAAAAAGCACAGAGAAAAGAUAUGAAAUCUCCAUGGAUGGUGGGUUAGAUAAAGUUUGUGUUGUCGGGGACGGAACAGUAAAUCAUGUCAAUAGAGCAUGUCUCUUACAAAUUGAGGCCUUCAUGAGCAUGUAAGUGCAUAUACGCUGAGGUUUCUUGGAACAUUAAGGUCGCAUAAGGUUUCAGUUAUUUUACAUAACCAGCAGGAGCGAGUAUACGGUAUGCAGCAUGAAAGAAAAGUGAAUGCUCACAAACAGGAAGUAUUGUUGGGCAUCUCACAGACAUUACACAACCUGUCGGUUCUCUUAUGGAUUACAUUGUUUAAGUAGACACUCAUCAUUCAGCAUUCACUGCCUCUGAGAAUAUGAGCUCUCACUCACGGUGACUGUUCAGUGAAUGGACACGAGAACAUGAAAACCAUUGCUGAAUAUCAAAUACCUUCAGUAAGUACAACUGGAACCAUAUGUCCUUUGUAUGAGUGUGUGUGUGUGUGUGUGUGUGUGUGUGUGUGUGUGUGUGUGUGUGUGUGUGUGUAUAUGACAAAGUCUAUCAGCUCUUAAACCCCCUGGCUUUGCAAACAGGUGUUCCUCUUCAGAACUUAAUAUAUUCUUCCAUUUUAGAAGAAUGUUGCAUAAAAGAGGGAAAAUUGUACAUAUUGUUUCUAAAUAUUAUAGAUGUAUUUUAGAAUUAUAAAAAAAAUGGAAAUUAUCAAAAGUUUUGUUGUUGUUUAUAUAAAUAUAUAAAUAGAUAUGCAGUAUAUUUUUGAAAAGAAUUCAGGAACUAACCACCAUAGCCUGUGCGUCAUGUGUCUCACUGAAAUGAAAUUUUUGGAAGGGACAGGUGAUUGUAUUGUACUAUACGUAUCAGUGUUAUCACUCGCUUUGCUGUAUGUGUCUGCUGAGAGGAUUCAUGUUAAUGAGUGCCUGUUAUUUUACAUAGAGACCAUUGGAUUAAUUUAUUUAACUACUAUAGUUUUGCUGUAGACCAUAUGAAAUAUUCCUUGUUUUUUAUGUUUUUUUUGUCACCACAAUGUCCAAAUGUGUUAUUUCAAAUGUUUUCAAGUAUGAUUUCAAAUGCUUAUGAUGGUAAUGAUACCUCCGUUUUAAAUACACAAAGCUGCCUACACAGAUAGACCACAUACAGCAUAGUGCUUUAAGCCUUUCACAUUUCAUAUAUGGCAUGAGAUAAGUGUAAUAGUAUUACCAUGACAACAAUAAACUAUUUAUCUAGAUUAAAAUCUGAUCUUAAUGUUCA